AUGGGAAAGUCAACUAACUGCCAUGUGAAGUUGGAGCUAAAGAAAGGGCCAUGGACUCGAGAGGAAGACAAAAAGCUACUCGCUUAUAUAGAAGAACACGGGCAUGGAAGAUGGCGUUCCUUGCCGGCAAAAGCUGGGCUUCAAAGAUGUGGAAAGAGCUGCAGAUUGAGAUGGAAAAAUUAUUUGAAACCUGGUAUUAAGAGAGGAAAGUUCAGCUUGCAAGAAGAAAAUACCAUUAUUCAACUCCACGCUCUUUUAGGGAACAGUCUAAUUAGAUGGUCUGCCAUAGCUACUUAUUUGCCAAAGAGGACGGACAAUGAAAUAAAAAAUUACUGGAACACACGUUUGAGGAAGAGAUUAACCAGGAUGGGCAUUGAUCCAGUGACUCAUAAGCCCAAGAACUUCGCCGGUGGCCAAUCCAAGGAUGCCGCCAACCUCAGCCACAUGACUCAAUGGGAGAGUGCUCGACUAGAAGCCGAAGCUAGGCUCGUCCGCCAGUCAAACGUCCGACACCACCACAACUCCGCUUUUCCACCACCAGUAGCAAUGCCAGCUCCGCGUCCCCUGUCACCGUGUUUGGAUGUAUUGAAAGUGUGGGAAGGAACAGUAAACUCUUUCCUUUUCACCUCAGCAGCAGGAAGCCUUGUGUCACCAACAUCAACCUUAAACUUCUCAAGGAACUUCUUUUCAAACCCUACUACAGGAUUCAUUAAUGGAAAUUCAUCAGUAACAAACAUGAAUUCCAUUUGGAAAUCAGGUGCAGGUGGAGUUGGAACACCAAACAAUUAUCUUGAUCAAGUAAUGGAGAAUUCCACGAGGCUCCAUGAUGAGAAUAUUGCAUAUCCUAUGGAUUCUAAAUAUAUUGCAGGCUCCAUGGAUGGCCUUCUGCCUAUUUCUUAUGGUUACAACAUGACAAGUUCAUUCGGAGAUUUCGAAGAAAACAAGGAUUACUUGAAUGACUUGCUAAAUUUGGUGAAUUUGUCGACCGGAUCAACAAAUUUAUGGACUUUUUCCUGA